AUGAGUAAACUCUCAAGCACACACGACGUCACCUUCGUCCAAGAAACGCGUUUCCGCGCGCCGAGUUUGCAAGACAAAGUGUCCUACCAUUGGCAACGUCUCACGAACCACGACGGGGUUGUGUUCUUUGAGGCCCCACUCUACCCUUUGGAGCCCACAUCACCCGCCACGGGCGGCUUGGCAACUCUCCUCCACCCCCACUCACCCCUGAAGAACGCCGUCGACAUUCCACACGACAAUCCGAUUCUUCGCGGACGAUAUCUGCAAGUGCGUUGUGUUCUUGGCCCUGCCACGAUUGUUCUCCACAACGUGUACGCGCCAAUUUCAUGGUCCGAGCGAGCGCGCUUCUUCGACGAACUGCCACGCGACUUCCCCCCACAUUUCCUCCACAUUGUGGGAGGCGACUUCAACUGCACGCUCAACAAGGAUUUGGACUCGCUCAACCCCAGCGCCGCCACCAUGGCCGGAACAGACGCCUUGUUGACCUGGAUGCGAGACUUGUCCAUCGUGGACCUGUUUCGCCAGCAAAAUCCACUGCGGAAGACUUUUACCAGUCCCAAGCUCAUCAACCGCCUGGACUACAUCUUCUGCUCUUCGAGUUUGGCAAGGUUGGCGCAUUGGAAAGCCGCGCACUUGCCGCAUAUCCCUCACGCCGAUCACGUGGCUUGUCGAAUCAUUGCCCAACGACAGACUACGCGACAUGGCUCCGGUUCCUGGAAGGCCCCGCCGUGGCUGCUGCGACUUCCUCGAGCCGCAACUAUCAUUCAUGGUUGCUUGGACCGCUUCCUCGCCAAGUCCAAUGGUUUCCACAAUGUCGGCAAAGCCUACGACAUCUUAGUCACCGACAUCCGGCAGCAACUCAAACUGUUUCACGACGAGCAACUCGACAAGCAGCGUUUGCCGUUGAAGAAAUUGGCACUUGAAAUCGCGGCCUUGCUCCAAGUUCCCAACAUGCGGCAAGACCCGGUUUUGGUGGAUCGCGUUCGGGACCUCCAGCAGCAAAUCCGUCACCUGCACGAUCAGCAAAAGAAGUUCCUCCAAGAACAAGCGUUCCAGCUACACUUGUACAAGGCGGAAAGGUCUUCGCGCUUUCACUUCUCGUCACCAAUUCCAACUCCACUGCGGAAGACGGUCUUCAAAGAACUGGAAGACGCCAACGGAAACCUGGUAUCCGACCAAACUGGUGUCUCCAACACACUGGUGGAUUACUACUCGGACUUGUUUGCCGCACCGGAGCUGCGUGCAUCCGACGACGACUUGUCUGCGUUUCUGGGGCCAUUGACGCGAGACACCCAACUGUCGGUCCAAGCUCAACAAGAACUGGCCGCUCCGCUGUUGGCGAAUGAAUUUUACCAUGCCAUCCGCCACAGCAGCUCCAAUUCCGCCCCUGGCCCCAACGCGCUGCCAUUUGAAGUGCAGCUCCACGCCAGUCCGCAUCUGACAUCCAUGCAACUUGUCAGCACACUGAUAUUGCUGCACAAGAAGGGCCCCAAGUCUCAAGCGAAGAACUACCGUCCAAUCAGCUUGCUCAACGUGGACGUGAAGAUUCUCACAAGCAUUUUGGCCCACCGACUCCAACGGCAUGUUCGCAACAUCAUCCACCACGAUCAGCAAGGCUUCAUCCGCCAAAGCAACAUCCAGACGAACAUCCAGCGCCUCGACGACAUGCUGCACUACGUGAAGCAACACUCCCCAUCGUCCAUGGUAGCCCUCCUGGACUUUGAGAAGGCGUUCGAUCGUGUGGACCACUCCUACUUGCUUCGUGAGCACUAUGGAUUCCCCAAAGCGUUUGUGGAUAUCGUACGGGUACUCUAUUCUGGACGACGGACGCGAAUCCUGGUCAAUGGCCAUUUGUCCAAGUCGGUUCGCAUCCAUCGCGGAGUCCUUCAAGGCGACCCAUUGUCUCCAUUGCUUUUUGUCAUUGCUUUGGAGCCCAUGUGUCAGCUUUUGCGCCAACACCCCAAGUACGGCAUCCGCACUGGAGACCGCGUCCACACUGGCAGCUUCUUCGCGGAUGACUCACAACUCUAUGCUGUCAACGAGAAGUCUCUCCAUCGUCAACUCGCACUGGUUCAGGGCUUCUGCGACAAGUCCGGCUUUCGCCUCAACGUGGACAAGACGCAAGUCUUGACGUAUUGUCAGGCCUCCCCAUGUCUGGCUCCCCUCCUUGUCGCCACGGACUCGCCAACGAAGGCCUUGGGCAUUCUGGUGGCACCGCACUUGACCCCCAAGGCAAGGUUCAGCUAUGUGUUUGACAAAUUCAUUGCUCGACUGUCCUUGUGGUGCUAUAAGGCUCGCACCCUUGCUGGCAAGGUGGCCAUCUUGCACUCCAUAUGUCUGCCAGUCAUGUGGUAUCAGUUGUCCUUUGUCCCCGCGGACAAAGCAUGCGCGAAGUUGAUCGACAACGCCAUGCUUCAAUUCCUCCAUGGCGAAGACAUCAACCCGUCGAACAACACGCAUGGACUCCGCCUCAUCAAGAAAGACCUGGUCUUCAUGUCGAAGCACACGGGUGGUCUUGGCCUGCACCACGCACUGAAGCUCUGGCAACAACACAACCGCGCUGUGAUGAUUCGAUGCGUGAAGGCGUUCGCAGUGCCGUCAUCCAAGUCCGCGAUCCCCUCCUGGAUUACUCCUGGCUAUGCUUUGCUUGAGAAAGCGUUCCAUCCGUGGGGCUCUCCACGGGAUCUGCUGCUGGCACAGGGUACUUCACCCUUCAUGAAGCAAUUCAUGAAACACCCGGGCAUCACUCCAAUGUGGACAAGUCUGCUCUCAGAAUGGUUCACGUCCCGAUGGACUAUGUUUGGGUUUCCGUCCAAUGCCCCCUCGUGGACCGUCCCCCUGUGGCACAAUGCGUUUUUGCCUGGCCUGGAAAACCUCUACGAUCACUGCUCCGCGUCGUCACAGCCCCAGGCAAGAACUUUGGCGUCACUCGGACUCACACAAGUGUCCCACUUUCUGACACCGUGUCACCGACUUUGGCCGGCUUCGACCGUGUACGCCUUGAUCCACCAGGCGUGUAUACGCUCCAAUCUCGAGCCUCCAACCAAGCAUUGGAUCACCAUCUUGAUGACUAAGUUGUCGAACCUGUUCGAAGUCGUCCCCGAAGCGAACCCUCCGCCAUUCCGUUUGCCCGUCCGCCGCCCGCCGCUCUUGGAAGUCUCCUGGAUUCUCCGCCCGGAUCUUGUGCCCAUUGAGUUGGCCGCAGCGUCCUCAACAGCGGCCAAAAUCCGGGCACCUCCAGUGGCAGACUCGUCCUUGAUUCCAACCAAGCACCUCGGUCUCCCCGCCGACUUUUACGCCGACCCCAAGCGCUUGAAGCAACUUGCCGUCUUCUCACGCCCCGAACACAUCUUGCCUAGGUAUGGCGAGUUUGUGUACAAGACGCUGCUUCGCGCCAACGCCAUGCAAUAUCUGUUCCAAUAUCGCUCCCCCCAGCCCACUUGUAUUUUCUGCGGUUCGAACGAGACGUACCAACACUUUUUAUUCGCGUGCCGCUACGGCCUGUCGGUCUGGCACCACUUCAAGCGCAUCCAACGAGCGCUGCAAUGUCCGUUCCCGCGCAAUGCGUUCGAGUUGUUUUUUGAGCUGCCCAAGCCCCAAGAUGGUUACUACGUCCGUGGACUGUUGAAGAUCUGGCCCAUUGUCCGAGCCUGCGUGUACUAUCAAAUCUGGCUCCAACGCGCCGAUCGAACGUUCCGACCCGACCUUACCCCCAAGACUCCCGUGGAUACAGCGAUCCAUGCAGCCAACCUAAUCAAGAUGCACCUGCGGCUCCUACUUCGAGACUUGCCUCUCAAGAAAGGCUACUCCAAAGUGUUCAACGUUCUUCGAGCGCUGAGUGCUGACCCAUGGUUGAAGCUGCAUGUAAUCCCUGAUUCCGUCCACGCCUAG